AUGAAAGCUGAUUAUGAAGAGCACGACGCUAUUCUGAUCGCUCGUUGCAUGAUGCAGAUCAAGGCCAAGUUCGAUACUGAUGAAGGUCUGAACUUCAUUCAACAGUAUUACAUCAACCAAGGACUGAAGAAGUUUGGUGAUGAUGGAAAGGAUGCUGUGGAUAAGGAAUUGAGACAAAUGCUCCUGAGAGAUUGUUUCACUCCUGAAUUUGUCAAAGACAUGACCGCAUCUGAGCGAAAGAAGGCCCAAUCAGCGAUGAUGUUACUUGCAGAGAAGCAACUCAAAAAGACAAUUAAAGGUCGCCUAGUAUUCUGA